AUGAUAGAGGAGAGGAAGAGGCCUCUUACUACGAAGGGACAUCCAACCCUUGUGGGCAGUCUCGCACCCGCGCCGACAUCGCUUUGUCGUAUAACCCCAGAGCGAGGAUGUCCUCCAUGGUCCUUCAAGUAUGAUUCGCAGCCUGGGCUGUCGCAUUCUGAUCGAAGGGCUGUAUUUGCCUUCUUGAAGAUGACAGGCACAAACACGAAGGUGGCUACCGGUGGUGGAAGGGAAAGGGGCGGGGACUACUCUCCGCUGGACUCUAAAGAGCCUGUGAAAACAAUGAGACCUAAAGAUACCGCCUGGCUUCAACAACGGAUAAAGGCAUGGAGCCCUCUAAUCACCGCUCCCUGGACGAUCCCCAUCUUCUUCAUCCUCGCGGUCAUCUUCGCCCCCAUCGGCGGCCUCCUCCUCUACACCUCCGCCCAGGUCCAGGAGCUCACAAUCGACUACACCCACUGCCUGACCAGCGCCAACGACACAAUGUCUCCCAUCCCGCGCAGCUCCUUCAGCACCUACUUCCACACGCCGCUCACCCCCGCCGACCUCGACGCCUACCGCUGGCGCUCCAGCCCCGCCACCAAGACCUGCACCCUGCAGUUCACCAUCCCCUCCAACUUCACCCCGCCAGUGCUCUUUCGCUACAAGCUCACAAACCUGCACACCAACCACCGCCGCUUCGUCAUGUCCCUCGACCGCGCGCAGCUCAUGGGCGAAGCCCGCACCCGCGACGAGCUCAUGAGCCACUCGGACACCAACUUCCGCUGCAACCCGCUGUACGCCAACAGCGCCGGCAUCCCCUACUACCCCUGCGGCGAGAUUGCAAACUCCAUGUUCAACGACACCUUCCACGCGCCCGUGCGCGCCGCCGACGGCCACGUCUACCCCAUCACCUCGCGCGGCAUCGCCUGGCCGCACGACCGCGCGCUCUACCGCCCCACCGCCUAUAAACCCGCGGACGUCGUGCCGCCGCCGUUCUGGGAGGAGGCCUUCCCGCAGGGCUACAACAGCAGCAACAUGCCGAACCUGCAGGACUGGGAGGAGUUUCAUGUUUGGAUGCGGCCCGCGGGGCUGGCGAGGUUUAGUCGCCUGGCGAAGCGUAAUGAUCACAAUGUGCUGGGCGCGGGGGUGUGGCAGAUGAAUGUCACGUCGCGCUUCAGCACGCAAGGGUAUAAUGGGCGCAAGGCGCUCGUGCUGACGACGAGCAGUGCGAUGGGCGGGAGGGGCACGGAGCUCGGGUGGGCGUAUGUGGUUUCGGCGGUGGUGUGUGCCGUGCUGGGCGUGGGUAUGACGGCGGGGGUGUUGGGGGUGCCGAGGCAAUUGGGGGAUCCGGCGGGUUUGUCGUGGAAUAGGCCGGAUUGCUAUGUAGUCAGGGACGGGAGAGAGUGCGGGUCGCUGUGGGAGCGACACUCUGUCUCUGCCCUGUUCGUCCAACAAGCUGGUACCGGCGCUGCAACGAGAAACAGAAGCGGGGCCCUGAAAAAUUGUAAUAACGGGCACAAGACAAGACGAGACGAGACGAGACGAGACGAGACCAACCUGCUCAUCUUGUCUUGCCUUCUCUCGUUCCAUGAUGAACCAUAG